UUAUCAUAUAUCAUUUAUGAAUUAAUAUGUAAAUAAGAAAGUUUAACCUAAUUUUUCAUGUGGAGUAGUUUACGAUUCACAAUUUAUUAUACUAACUUUGUAAAGGAAAAUGCUUCCUCUUUCAUUAUUACGAACAGCACAAAAUCAUCCUAUGUUAGUAGAGCUUAAAAAUGGAGAAACAUACAAUGGUCACUUGGUUAGUUGCGAUAAUUGGAUGAAUAUUAACUUACGUGAAGUAAUUUGUACAUCAAGGGAUGGUGAUAAGUUUUGGAGGAUGCCAGAGUGUUACAUACGUGGUAGUACAAUUAAAUACCUACGAAUUCCAGAUGAAAUUAUUGAUAUGGUAAAAGAAGAAGCUACUAUUAAAAAUCGUGGCAGAGAUAAUAAAACUGGUAAAAAUCAAAGAGGGAGACCUGCAACUAGAGGUAACUUUGGUAGCAGGGGUGCAAAAUCUGGAAAUAUCGGUAAAAAUCCAAAUCAGAAAAUGAAACUUAAACAGUAAUAUACAUGCUUUCUGAAUAUGAACUAUUUUGUAAUAGGUUUUAGAAUUUACCAUUGUUUUUCAUUCCUGUUUUUUUAACAUAAUAAAUAAUUAUUUGAAAGUAAGUGUGAUUAAUAUUGAAAGAAUAAAAAUGACAACAUUAAUAACACUUUAUAAAAUUUAUUAAUUUUAACAGAUCAAAAAUGGACGGAUCAUUUGUACAACUUAUUUUCAAUCAUUACUUUAUAACAAGAUUACGAUUAGUUCUUAUAGAAAAUAAAGUGAUAUGUAUAUAAUAUAUGUACUAUUUAACUAAAUGGUGUUAUGGUGCGUAUAAUUAAAAAAAUUCAACAACAGUAAUGUAUGCAUUGUUUCAUGAUAACAAACCAUGUAAAAUUGAUGUUAUUGUAGUAUUAAUAUAUAUGAUUUAAAAAUUGUUGAACUACAAAAAUGGCAUUGAGAUGAAUUAUAAGGCCCCCAUUAAAUAGGAUUUACAUCAUAUAAUUACAGAAAAUUUUAAAAAGUCAAAGUUACGUUAAAAUUGCAGCUCAAGAUGAAUACUAAUUAAUAAUUAAAUACACAUAGAUUUAUGGACUAUAACAAUAUUUUGUAUGUUACAGAUUAACCUCAAUAUUCAAAUAUUUGUUGUAUCAGAAAGGAAAGCAUAGAUAGGUAAAUAAUUAAAAAGAUAGUAAGUACUUGCCGAGAAUAAAUACAUAAAAGAAACUAAAAAAAAAAA